AUGCCCGCAAUUAGCAAUGGUUAUGUUGCUAACGGCAAACCUGACUCCCAGCUUAACAGGGCUGCGGAAACUGCCGAUCUCUUAGAAUCUGUUCAGCAGCUCAUCAUUCCUUUUAUCAAAGCUGCUGAUGAUGCUGCUGCCCACAGAGCCUCAGGAAAUCUGGGACUGGAUGCCAACGGAGAACCUCAAAAUGUUUUAAUCGACUCACAAAAGCCUUCUGAGCUAGUCGCCAGGUUAAAAUUCCUUCUCCCUGAAGAGGGCCUGGGUAAAGAUGGCCUCCUUCAGAGCAUUGAUAAGCUGCUCAAGUACAGUGUGAAUACGUGGGACCAAGGUUUCAUGGACAAGCUAUACGCAAGUACCACACCGGUGGGAGUUAUCGCAGAUCUCAUCCUGUCCGUUUUGAACACAAAUGUGCAUGUUUACCACGUCUCACCAGCCUUGACUGUUAUCGAAAAGACAACUACCAAAGCUUUUGCGAAUCUAUUCAACUUCGAUGGCCCACACGCCGGUGGCAUAUCAUGUCCUGGUGGCAGCGGAUCGAACCUCACGUCUCUAAUUGUGGCUCGGAACACGCUGUAUCCAGAAACUAAAACAAAAGGAAAUGGCAAGCGAGACUUUGUCGUCUUCACAAGCGCACACGGCCACUACUCUGUGGAAAAAGCCGCCAUGAUUACCGGCCUGGGUUCGUCUGCUGUAUGGGCGGUUCCUGUGGAUAACGAGGGCAGCAUGAGACCACAAGCCCUUCGAGAGCUGGUUUUGCUGGCCAAGAAGCAAGGAAAGACGCCAUUCUACGUCAACUCAACAGCCGGUACUACAGUAAUGGGCUCCUUCGACCCCUUUGAAGAGAUUUCCAAGGUUUGCAAGGAGUUUGGCAUGUGGCUGCACAUCGACGCAAGCUGGGGCGGCAGCGUCAUCUUCUCAAAGGCGCAGAGCUGGAAGAUGAAGGGCUCGCAUCUGGCCGACUCUCUAACUGUCAAUCCGCACAAGAUGCUCAACGCUCCCUGCACCUGCUCGUUGCUCCUGGGCCCGGACAUGCGGAUUUUCCAACGCGCAAACAGCACAGCUGCCGGAUAUCUCUUCCACCGCGGCGACGACGAAGAAGUCUGGGAUCUGGCUGAUUUGUCUCUGCAGUGCGGCCGCCGCGGAGACGCUUUGAAGGUUGCAUUGGCCUGGCUUUAUUACGGCGCCAAUGGAUUCGAGCGCCAGGUUGACCACGCUUUCGACAUGGCAAGUUAUCUGUUCCGCCUCUUGGAGGAGAGCGGCGACUUUGUCAUGGUCUCAUCAUAUCCUCCGCCGUGUCUUCAGGUCUGCUUUUACUCAGCUCCCGGAGGCAAAUUGUCCUCUGACAAGAAUGUGAAUACCUCUAGAACACAGAGGAUUGCACAUAUGCUUAUUGGCAGAGGAUUCAUGGUCGACUACGCUCCCGGCGACAAGGGCAGCUUCUUGCGUGUCGUGGUCAAUGUCCAGACUUUGGAGGGAACGGUUGAGGGUAUCGUAAAGGCCAUGGUCGAGCUGAGCCAAGAGAUAUCCUUGUGA